AUGAUCAUUGUGGCGGUCCCGGGCUUUCCCACGCCGAGUUGCGAAACCCGUCGCUGCAGAAGGGAAGGGUUUGGGGUAAAAUUAGCAUGCGGUGACCCCAAAGCCAAACCAUCCUAUCUUAUUGACAAAAACCUGGAAUCAGCUGUCAAAUUCAUAGUCAGGAAGUUUCCAGCAGUAGAAACACGCAACAACAAUCAACAGCUCGCUCAGCUUCAGAAAGAAAAAUCAGAGAUUCUGAAGAACCUGGCAUUAUACUACUUCACUUUUGUUGAUGUUAUGGAAUUUAAGGACCAUGUUUGUGAGCUGCUGAACACUAUUGAUGUUUGCCAAGUCUUCUUUGACAUUACUGUAAACUUCGAUUUAACAAAGAACUACCUAGAUUUGAUUAUAACCUACACAACUCUAAUGAUACUGCUGUCUCGAAUUGAAGAAAGGAAGGCUAUCAUUGGAUUGUAUAACUAUGCCCAUGAAAUGACACAUGGAGCAAGUGACAGAGAAUAUCCACGCCUUGGCCAGAUGAUUGUGGAUUAUGAAAAUCCUUUAAAGAAAAUGAUGGAGGAAUUUGUACCUCACAGUAAAUCCCUUUCAGAUGCUCUGAUUUCACUCCAGAUGGUCUAUCCUCGAAGAAAUCUCUCAGCUGACCAGUGGAGAAACGCACAACUGCUGAGCCUCAUCAGUGCCCCCAGUACAAUGCUUAAUCCUGCACAGUCUGACACAAUGCCAUGUGAAUACCUCUCUCUGGAUGCAAUGGAAAAAUGGAUCAUUUUUGGAUUUAUUUUAUGCCAUGGAAUCCUAAAUAGUGAGACUGCAGCUUUGAACCUUUGGAAACUUGCACUUCAAAGCAGCUCUUGCUUGGCUCUGUUCCGAGAUGAAGUAUUCCAUAUUCACAAAGCUGCAGAAGACUUGUUUGUAAACAUACGAGGCUACAACAAGCGUAUUAAUGACAUCAGAGAGUGCAAAGAAGCUGCUGUUUCACAUGCUGGUUCAAUGCAUAGAGAGAGACGCAAGUUUUUACGCUCUGCACUCAAAGAACUGGCUACUGUCCUGUCUGAUCAGCCAGGCUUGUUGGGUCCCAAGGCACUUUUUGUAUUUAUGGCGUUAUCUUUUGCUCGCGAUGAAAUCAUUUGGCUUCUCCGUCAUGCAGAUAAUAUGCCAAAGAAGAGCGCAGAUGAUUUCAUAGAUAAACACAUAGCUGAACUAAUAUUCUACAUGGAGGAGCUCAGAGCACAUGUGCGAAAAUAUGGACCUGUGAUGCAGAGAUACUAUGUACAGUAUCUCUCCGGCUUUGAUGCAGUGGUCUUAAACGAGCUUGUUCAGAAUCUUUCAGUGUGCCCAGAGGAUGAAUCAAUCAUCAUGUCCUCUUUUGUAAACACAAUGACUUCACUAAGCGUGAAACAAGUUGAAGAUGGAGAGGUAUUUGACUUCAGAGGAAUGAGAUUAGAUUGGUUUAGAUUGCAGGCCUACACCAGUGUUUCUAAAGCUUCUCUUAGUCUUGCAGACCAUAGAGAACUAGGAAAAAUGAUGAACACAAUAAUUUUCCACACAAAAAUGGUAGAUUCUUUGGUGGAGAUGUUGGUUGAAACCUCGGAUCUUUCUAUAUUUUGUUUUUAUAGUCGUGCUUUUGAGAAGAUGUUUCAGCAGUGUUUGGAGCUUCCCUCUCAGUCAAGAUACUCAAUUGCAUUUCCACUGCUUUGUACUCAUUUCAUGAGCUGCACCCAUGAACUAUGCCCAGAAGAGCGACAUCAUAUUGGAGAUCGUAGUCUUUCCUUGUGUAACAUGUUCUUGGAUGAAAUGGCUAAGCAAGCUCGAAAUCUUAUCACAGACAUUUGCACAGAACAAUGUACGCUGAGCGAUCAGUUGCUGCCAAAGCAUUGUGCCAAAACCAUCAGUCAAGCAGUGAACAAAAAGUCAAAAAAACAGACUGGAAAGAAAGGAGAACCUGAAAGGGAGAAACCAGGAGUAGAAAGCAUGAGGAAAAACAGAUUGGUUGUGACAAACCUGGACAAACUGCACACUGCACUUUCUGAGCUCUGCUUCUCAAUAAAUUACGUACCAAACAUGGUGGUUUGGGAACACACGUUUACCCCAAGAGAAUAUUUAACAUCUCACCUGGAAAUCCGUUUUACCAAGUCAAUUGUUGGAAUGACUAUGUAUAAUCAAGCGACACAAGAGAUUGCAAAGCCUUCAGAGCUGUUAACCAGUGUAAGAGCCUAUAUGACAGUCCUCCAGUCAAUAGAAAAUUAUGUACAGAUUGACAUUACAAGAGUAUUUAACAAUGUUCUGCUUCAGCAAACACAGCAUUUAGAUAGUCAUGGUGAGCCAACCAUUACCAGUCUGUAUACAAAUUGGUAUUUGGAAACUUUGCUACGGCAAGUCAGCAAUGGUCACAUAGCCUAUUUUCCAGCCAUGAAGGCGUUUGUGAAUUUGCCUACAGAAAAUGAAUUGACAUUUAAUGCUGAGGAGUACUCUGACAUAUCAGAAAUGAGAGCCCUUUCUGAACUUCUGGGACCAUAUGGCAUGAAGUUCCUAAGUGAAAGUCUGAUGUGGCACAUUUCUUCACAGGUUGCUGAACUUAAGAAACUUGUGGUGGAGAACGUUGAAGUUCUAACACAAAUGAGGACCAGCUUCGACAAGCCAGACCAGAUGGCAGCACUCUUUAAAAGAUUAUCAUCUGUUGACAGUGUUUUGAAGAGAAUGACGAUUAUUGGUGUUAUCUUGUCUUUUCGGUCGUUGGCACAGGAAGCACUUAGAGAUGUCUUAUCCUACCACAUUCCUUUCCUUGUAAGUUCCAUUGAGGACUUUAAAGACCACAUUCCAAGAGAGACUGACAUGAAGGUGGCAAUGAAUGUAUAUGAACUAUCAUCAGCUGCUGGAUUGCCUUGUGAGAUUGAUCCUGCCUUGGUCGUAGCACUGUCUUCCCAAAAAUCAGAAAACAUUAGUCCAGAAGAAGAAUAUAAAAUUGCUUGCCUUCUCAUGGUCUUCGUGGCAGUCUCCUUGCCAACUCUGGCUAGUAAUGUGAUGUCUCAGUAUAGCCCUGCCAUUGAAGGGCAUUGCAACAACAUUCAUUGCUUGGCAAAAGCUAUCAACCAGAUUGCUGCAGCUUUAUUUACCAUCCACAAGGGAAGCAUUGAAGACCGUCUCAAAGAAUUUUUGGCGCUUGCAUCGUCUAGUCUACUGAAGAUUGGCCAGGAGACGGACAAAACUACUACAAGGAACAGAGAAUCUGUUUACCUACUACUAGACAUGAUUGUGCAGGAGUCUCCAUUCCUGACAAUGGAUCUCUUGGAGUCUUGUUUCCCUUACGUCUUGCUGAGAAAUGCAUACCACGCUGUCUACAAACAAAGUGUCACAUCCUCUGCCUAAGUAUCUACUUACUGGAGAUAAGACAUAGCACGCAUCUAUGUGGCCUCAGUUUUAUCUGUAAACUGUGGAGCUAUUUUACUUUAUGGCCUGAUGAACAGUUUUGUGGAUUAUAAACUUUUUCCAUAAA